AUGACAGACGACGACGAUCAGGCGACCGGCUGGGAGUUCGAAGCGUUCAAGAAGGACUACCUGGCGAGGAGAUGCAGCCUGACACUUCUGACGCCCGUGCAUGCCCCAGGCGGAACAAUCAAGAUCGACGAGGCGCGCUGCCUGGAAAACCUCCCCGACAACCGCACCUCGACGGGACACGACCCCGCCCUCCGGCGCGAAGCCAAGAACACCCCGACGGAAGAAGGCAUCACGGCCCCCAAAAAGCCACUGCCGCGCCAGCCACGAUGGACGGCCGACGACGAGAGAGCCCUGGAUCGAGCUUUCCAGCGAGCAGAGGCCGACAGAGCCGCCGAGGCAACACCGCCAAGAAACGAAGCCGUGGAAGCGGCAAAGCUCGCAAGGAAUGCCGCUGAACCAUCUCACGAAGAACCGGCCGCGCGACGAGGGGGGGCCGAGACGGACUCCGACCACGACACGGAGCCCGGACCCAGCGUCGAGGAGCACUUUCGGGGCAUGCUGGCCAUCAAGAAGAUGUCAGGCGACGGCAACUGCCUCUUCCACGCGCUCGGAGAGAACACCGGCGAGAGCGGGGCAUGCCUCCGAGCCCUAAUCAUCCAGUACCUCAGAGAGAACGCAGAAGCCGAAGAAGACGAAGAGCAAGUGCAGGCCUGGCUACAGGAAAGCCAAUACCUCCAAAGCGAUCCGGGUCACUGGGGCGGCGACACGGCCAUCAUCGCUUUCACCCGCAUGAGGCAGCAGCGAGUCCUUUUGCACUGGCGGACGCCAAACGGCGACAUCCUCACGAGCGAGCGCACGCACUCGGACGUGGACGAAGCAGCCCAACGCGGGCCGCACGCAGCACCGAACGCCACGGAAGUGAUCCAUCUCUGGUACAACGGCAGGGACCACUACGACCUGCUGGUGCCCAUA